AUGAAAGUAAUUGACAUUGUAAGAACGUAUCACGACAAAGAUGCAUUGAUUUUGGUGCCGAAUGACCAUAAGUCUGUCAAUUUUGUAAAGGCCGGUAGUAACCCGAGAGACAAAAGGGGCCAAAACAAGUCACGUGGCGAUGUACGUUGUUUCCGCUGUGGUCAAUUAGGCCAUUUUGCAAAGGACUGUACCAGUGCUGAGACUGGUACCAGUGCUGAUAAGUGGGCUAAAGAUGGGGGCACCAUCAAGUGUUUUAGAUGUGACAGAUUGGGUCACCGAGCCUCAGAGUGUCGUGCCAAAUGGGAGGAUUGUGUCCCCAAGUCCAAGGAGAGUGGUCGUGGUCGUAAUCGUACACGUGGUGGUCGGGGUGGUAGGCAACGUGACAGGGUGCAUCAGAUUGAGGAGUCUGACUCCGGGUCCGAAAAUAAUCAGGAUGACGAGGCAGCAUACUAUGCAUUCAGGUCAAUUGAGGAUACUGGUAGUGAUGUCCCAAGGAGAAAUUUGCGAAGUGACGUUUUGCGCGUUAAAGUUGGGAACGUUGGCACUGAUGUAGUCGUGGACUCAGGAGCAACUUGCAACUUAAUGUCGGAAAAUACAUUCAAAUUGGUAACUGCCGACAUAGAUGUGAAUUUACGUGCUUCCAAUAGCAAGGUUUUCACAUAUUGUGCGACGGAGCCACUGACAAUCUUGGGAAAAUGUGCCCUAAGAUUGCAGGCGGGACGUGCUUGUUGUGUUGCUGACUUCAUUGUAAUUCCUGGGGACCAGUCAACACUGCUGGGUAGGCCUACAUCGGAGAAGCUGAAUUUGCUGAAAGUAGGGUAUGAAGUGAAUGCGUGCGAUGCUGGCAAGGAAGUGCAUUCAAUUUUGCAUAGUUUGAGAAAGAAGUAUCCACAGGUUUUCACUGGCCUAGGGAAACUUAAGAAUUACUUAUUGAAAUUGCAUAUAGACCAGAAUGUCAAGCCUGUAGCCCAGCAUCGACGGAUCCCCUUCAAUCGGAGAGCAAAAGUAUGUGACAAGUUGGCUGAGUUGGAAGGCCUCGAUGUGAUUGAGCCAAUAUCUGGUCCUACCUCUUGGGUUAACCCCUUGGUGGUUGUCGAAAAGCCAAGUGGCGAUAUCAGGUUGUGUCUGGACAUGAGAAGGGCCAAUGAAGCCAUUAAAAGAGAGAAGCACCCUGUACCUACGGUUGAUGAGACGCUCCAAGAGAUUUCUGGAGCAAGAGUUUUUUGUAAACUAGACUUAAACAUGGCAUUUCAUCAGAUUGAAUUGGAUGAAAGCUGUAGGGAUAUAACUACAUUUGCUGGGCCCAAUUCGUUGUAUCGGUACAAACGCCUUAAUUUUGGCAUGAAUAUGGCGACUGAGAAAUUCCAGUGUAUCAUCGGGCAAAUUCUAAAGGGUUGUCCAGGGGCAUGCAACCUGCACGAUGACAUCCGCGUGGUAGCGGAGGACUAUGCCCAGCUAUAUGAGCGAGUGGAAGCGGUUAUCAAGAGAUUGCAUGAACAUGGACUCACCUUGAAUUUCCCCAAGUGCAAUGUGGGAGACAGUAUGGUGUUCAUGGGCCACAAUAUGACUUCAAAGGGUAUGAAGGUAGCUGAUGCCAAAGUGAAAGCUAUUGUGGAGGCACCUAAGCCUAAAACCAAAGCAGAACUUAGGAGCUUUCUAGGCCUAGCACAGUUUUGUGCCAGAUUUGUAGUAAAUUUUGCUAUCAUCACAAGUCCUUUGUGUGAAUUAACAGGGUCUCAGGUCAAAUGGGAGUGGUUGCCUGUGCAUGACAAAGCUUUCAGAGAUGUAAAAUCUAAGUUGACUUCAAGUCCAGUAAUGGCUUACUUUAAGCAGGGUGCUAGGACCCGUGUAGUAACGGAUGCAUCACCAGUUGGUCUGGGUGCGAUUUUAGAACAACAGCAGCAUGAUGGUAGUUUCAAGCCAGUGCAUUAUGCCAGUCGAAAGUUGACUCAUGUGGAGUCUAGGUAUUCUCAAUUCGAGAGAGAGGCGCUUGGAGUCAGGCUGCCCAUAGAGGACUCUGGCAACGUUGAGGUUGAAACUAAGCAGACUGAAGAAUUUGCUCGUAGUGUGGUGACUGAAGCAGUGCCUGCUGCCAUCACACCCAGUGUAAUUGAGCAAGAAUCUACAAAUGAUGCAACCCUACAGGCUAUUGAAGAGUGUAUUUUGACUAGUGAUUGGUCUAAUCUGAGUCAGUCACCUUACCAUGCUGUAAAAGAUGAGUUAUGGUUGUACGGGCGUCUCGUAAUGCGUGGGGACAGGAUUGUCAUUCCGGAGAAAUUGAGAGACAAAAUGAUAAGGCUGGCACAUGAAGGACACCAGGGCAUGGUACGGACCAAAGCCCGGCUUAGAAAUAAGGCUUGGUGGCCAGGGAUCGAUAAGGAAGUCGAGUCCUUUAUCAGAGCCUGCCACCCGUGCCAAUUGGUUGGAGCACGUGCCAAACCGGAACCAAUAAAGUCCACCGCAUUACCCGACGGACCGUGGUUUGAUUUAGCAGUAGAUUUGCUGGAAGUGUGCAAUGGCGAGCAUUUGCUCGUAACCACUGACUACUAUUCCAGGUGGCCUGAGGUGGUUUUACUCAAAAAAACUGACACAGGUCAUGUGACAAGGGUUAUGGAUGCAAUGUUUCAAACGCAUGGCCUCCCAUUUUCUGUUAGAAGUGAUAAUGGACCUCCUUUUAACACUGCAGGUUUCGAUGCGUUUCUGGAGUACCUUGGAAUUGAACACAAAACCAGCGUGCCAUACUGGCCCCAAAGCAACGGCAACGUUGAACGGUUCAAUGAAACCUUGCUAAAAUGCAUUAGAAUUGCCAAACUUGAGAAGAAAGAUUGGAAAAAGGAAGUAGAAAAUUUCCUUUUCCAAUAUAGGAACACCCCCCGUGUUGCUACUGGAGUAUCCCCAGCCCAAGCAUUGAUGGGUAGAGAGUUAAGGGAUAAAUUGCCAAAGCUCCAGUUGCAACAUGGUAGACCAACAGAAGCCGAGUGGCAGGUCAAGCUGAGGGAGAGGGACGCUAGGUCCAAACUAGUUUCCAAAACCUAUGCUGAUGAGAAGAGGGGUGCUCUGAGUUCUAGCAUUAAGGAGGGUGAAAAGGUGUUAUUGCAGAAGCCGUUUAGAGAAAACAAGUUAGAACAUUUCUCUGCACCAGAGCCGUAUGAAGUUGUGAACAAAGAUGGUGGUGGUUUAACUUUGCAAAAUUCCAAAGCAACAAGGUUCAGGUCUACUGGGCAUGUUUCGAAUAAAAUCUUUAUAUCGAAGAACCACAUAUUCCUGCUCCGUCCUUCAGUGUCCUGGCCGGACACGUCACCAUUCGAAACGACCAUCGGCAAAGACGACCUAGAACACGAAACGGCGAGAACGACUGGAACGAAACGCCCCGGACGAACGCAUGAAUAG